AUGCUGUCUGGGGAUCAGAUUGGCCGUUCCAGUUAUGAGAAUUCGAAGAUAAAAGAUGCGGAUAAUUCAGCACAGCGUCUUGCAAGUGAUGUCUCACUCACUUGCAGUAUCCUACAUCAGUUAGGCAAGAUAUUGGAACAGGACAGCUUGACAAAACUUUGCUCCCAGCAGGCCUUUCUGACGGCCCAGGAAGUCUUGGAGGAAUGCGAGAAAAUCUUCAAUCAAAUAGACGAAGCAAUUCAGAAGAAAGAUCCGGGUUCUGGUAAAAACAAAUGGGAACGUGGCACACGAAGGCUUACAAUUGUGAUACUUGGUCCCGAUCUUGACGUGUUGAACUCCCACUUGGACAAGUCAAAAUCGACCAUGUUGCUGAUGCUGAAUGUGAUUAUGUAUGCAAGAGAAAUCAACCGAAUAGCCCUCGAGAUCCACGUUGUUAAACUCCAUUGGGUAGGACAUCCGAUCAUUCUUCGCUCGAAUGUCAACGCCAGUUGA